AUGGACAUGCCAACGCACAUUCCGUACUCUCCCCAGCCUUUGGGUUGGUCUCUUCAGACGUACAACCUACUCACGCUUGUGCUGAGUUCUAUAUUUAUAAUAUGUUUGUUUAUCAUGUACUCCAUCUCCCGCACGGUCUCUAUUCUGCCACACGCUUAUCGGAUGGUGACCCUCGAGAGGCGAAGGAUGCAUUGCUUUGAUGUCGACAUCACAUCGGGAAGGCAGGCCCACAAGGUCCGUAUGCUUUAUAUUUGGAUGGUCAGGGCCUCUCUUUUGGUUAUGUUUUGCUUUGUUUGGCAGUACUGCGUUUUGACAUACAAGGCCAUUGACUUUUCGCAGCGCCGGGGCCCCCUCCAGCUGUACCUACAAUGCGUUUUGUGGGAAAGCGAUUGUUUUGGGUUGAAGAACCACCAUCACUUUUUUGAUUUCUACUCCAAUCCCACCAAUGUCUGCGUGAAGUUCAAGGAGAUAGCAGAGAACCGGAUCGAGGACGUGAUGGAUGAGAUUCUUGACAAUUAUCGCUACCUGCUGUGUGUUCGUUUCGUAUCUCCUGAUGCGAUGGUGUACACGGCUGGUGUGGCUAUUGCUUUUGCCUUGGGUUAUUUGAUCCUCACGGGCUUUGAAGUGCUGGUCUGGCUGCUAUAUAGAUCAACAGAACGCUGGCUGCCUAUUCUUAUUUCCACUAUAGGCAUAGGCUUCUUUGUCAUCUGGAUCGGCAGUCUUUUCAUUCCUCAGCUCUUCACCUUCUUCGGAUGCUGGAUCAGCUUUGUCAUGGUCCUCACCUUGCCCUGGAUGCUUUGGUUAGCACUAGCUGCUGCGUACAACCUCCGGAAGUUGCAACACCAGAAGUGGGCCCUGUGGCAGGAACAAGCCAACCGACCGCUCGCUCAACUGAUUGAUCGAGGGCGAAGAGGUAGCGACCCUUUCCUGGAGAAACGGGCCUUAACAACCAGGGGUGGGCACGGUUCUGGUGAUGGUUUAGGGGUGCUGGACUUGGACGUGGAUAUGGACGAUGUGGCUGCACUGAAGGCGUCCGAAAUAUGCGAAGAGGGCCAGGCAGAAAAGGGCAAAAAGAAAAACGAUAAUCACUUCGAGCUCACGAAUAUCAAGGAUACCCUGCAAGGGACGCUGGGUCUGAGACAAAAGAAGGACAACAGCUCUCAGCUGCCGGGCGGCAACCGUGCUCAGCCUUCUGCUCAGGCCCAUGCGAACCUCUCAGGCACUGCGGAGAACUCAACUAAUUCUCAAGAUAAAAUGAGCAGCAGGCCACAACCACCGAGCGAUGCUGCCAAAACUGACUGA